GGCCGGAAAGAGAGUAGGGUCCUAAUCCGAAUGGUUGCUAGGCUACUAGGGUAGGCUCGAUACGAAAUAAUUGAGUUACAUACAGCGAAUGCAAAGCUUGUUUUGUUUGUUUUGAUGUACUUGUAGAAACAGUGACUAAACAUGCGUUUCGAGGCGAAGCGUUGCGGAGUAUGCUUCAACCCACCUUCCAUCGUGUUGAUUUAUAAAAAUACAGAAACUAACAAAGUGAGAAAACGAGUCAUUCCCGUGCGAAACUUUUCACAGUAUUCUGAUUACAGCCUGGCCGCCGAAAGGCUGAAAAGCCACCCCCGGCACAAGGACUACCUGGAGAGGGUCUCCCAGACCCAGUUGGAGAGGCUGCACAUUAUCCUGCGCGACCACCUGCAGGGCAUCAGUUUGGAGCGCAGCCUGGCCUCGCUGCAGGUGGACCCAGCUGAGGACCUCAACAAGCUGGACGACGAUGCACUGGCUCGCAAGAAGAGACACAUGGACGAGCUGUUUGAAAAGAACCGAACGCAAAGAGAGGACCCCGAAUUUGUGUAUGACCUGGAGGUGGAUUUUGCCAAGGCGGACGAUGAGAAAUGUAGCUGGGAUGAAGAAUCCAACGGAUUUUAAUAUUUAGUCAUUAUGAUUUUAAUGCAUUUACACAAUGACAGACAACAGUUGAUUAAUAGAGGAUAUUUAUUUGAUAUAUAAAAUAUUGAAUGUACAAAAUACAUUGCCUUUGGCUCUUUA